GCUUGAUUCAAUUCGAUUCAACUCAGUUCAUCCAGCAACAAUACACAGCACACGACGGCACAACGACACGACCAGUGCACUGACUGACUGUACAAUUAAGGCUAUUGGUGGAUAUGUGUGAUGCAAAAGUGUGGUGUGGUAUGGCUUACAAAAUCAAUCACUCACACGUACGACAAGGUGACGACACCAACACCCGAUCGACCGGCGCGAGACGCAUGCGACAAGACGCAAUAGCGUCGCUACAGUUAGCUACACCGAUCCACCGUUCUCUCUCCUUCCGACGGCAACGUCUGUAUGUACAUUCCGCGAACGCUCAGACAACCACAGACAGACGAAGAGUGCCAAGCUGAGAUACGACGACAGACGAGACGUAUCUACAGGGAGGCAGACACCAAAGACAGACAGACAGACAGACAGUCAGAUCGACAGCAGCUGAAUUCCCUACGAGUACCAUUCAUUCAUCCAUUCCGACACCUCUCAUCCAUCACAGCGCCACCCGCAGUAGCCAUCCAUCCAUCCCGUCCGUCCAGAUGCCCUUCUUUCGGACAUCGGCACACCCUUCUCUGUCCUUACCUUUCCUUACCACGCCACACCCACACGACACGCGCAAACCCUCCAAGCAAGUCAGCACCACCAUAUCGUCGAAUACAGGCAGACAGCGAGACAGACAGACAGACAGUGAUGCGGACAAAAUAUGGAAUUUGUACGGGGGAGGGAGUAGAGCAGGCGAGCUGAUGAAGACAGACAAACACCACACACAGAAGAAGCAGCAACGGGAGAAGGGAAGGAAGUAUCGACAGACAGAUAAGGCGAACGGGCAAAGCACACCGAGAAUCAGAGGGAGAUAGGGAGCUGCUGAGGCCCAUUUCCCUCCUUGGCUGGUCGUUUAGCCACUAGGACACACACAUACACAGACAGACAGACAGACAGACAUCCACACGCAGCACUGCACAAAUAUCGACCCACCCACCCACUCCCUACCGCCCACCGAGCUGUAGACAGCUUACCCCUUACCCCUCCCCAACCCUCAACUCAGCCACGUGUGCAAUACACACGCACACACACGUGCACAUCCAUCCAUCCAGACCUCAUAGGAGAAGACAAUCGUUUGCACGCAAGCCGCCAUCCAAGGCAUGAAAAACUGGCGCGGUGCUGGCUCGACAGCCAGCGUUCGAGAAAGGGGCACGAAGAGAAGCACCACACAUGGCAGAGCUUGUGAGCGCAUGUAUGUAUGUGCAUCAUCAGCAGCAAGAUCGUAGUGGAGGGGACAGGCGCGAGAAUGGAAAACCGCCCGCACAUCCACCACACACAUAACAGCAGGCUUGCUCGCGUCGAGUGCCACUUAUGUACACACAUGACAUGUACACGGAUAGACAGACAGACAGACAGACAGGGAGGGAGGGAAUGAAUGGAUGGAUGGAUGGACGUGUGGAGGUCCAAAAAAUAAAGCAGAGGGAGGUCAGUCGGUCGGUCGGUCAGUCAGUCAGUCAAGAGUACGCACUACGCAGCCGCUUGCUGGUCACCCAUCCCAACCGCCACACACGCCCAUUGCCUCACUGUACACCACGUACGCAUCCAUCCAUGGGCAGAUGCAGGAAGGGAAAAUUGCGAUGCAUUAGUACGUGAAAGGAUGAGUGGAUGGAUUACCGCACGCGUCUUGUGUGGGAGCGUGGGGGGGUGGGUAAGCGGCCGAAGAAGGCAAGCAACCAAGCAAGCAAGCAAGCAAGAGAAAGCAAAUAAGCAAAUAAGUACAUACAUACAGGUGGAUAAAUGGUACACAAAUACACAAUACACACUACAUAUGUACACAGCCAUGGGCGUAUACACACACACAUACACAUACAUACAUACACAUACAUACAAACAGGUACGGCAGUUUGAAAAUCCUCCCCAUUCCUUCGUUCCCUCGACACUUCGGUCGCUGCUAUGCUAUGCUAUCCUACGCCUCAAUUAGUCAGGCCACACACACACACACACAUAUACACACACAACCACAAGCAGCCAACCCAACCACCAGCCAACCAGCCAGGGUAGCCAGCCAAGAAGACAACGAGAAUAAGCGAGAGAAACCACCCACCACAGCAGACCACAGGCAGCAGCAAGACACACAGGCAGGAAGGCAGGCAGGCAGGCAGACAGUCAGCCAGCCAGCCAAAUGAAUGACAACCAGGCAAGCCAACGCACACAUGACACCACAGACAGGAAAACAGCACCAGACACCAACACCGGUCCCUUACACACAAUGGGAUGGGAUGGGGUGGCAUGGGAUCAGAUUGCAUGUGCAGUGCGCCGUGAUGUGUCUGAGUGUGAUGUGUGUGUGUGUGUGUGUGUGUAAUGGGUGCGUUGGUUACUCAGAAGGAUCGGCACUCGAAUCGUGUGCCGAGGCACCUGCCGCGCACCGCCAGCACCUGGAACCGCUCGGCUGAUAUGUCGAUGAAACCGUUGUCUAUCAAACGACCUGCACACGCAACCCAGCACACAGACAGAUAGAUACAUAUCGAUGAGCCCGCAGUGGAUGGAUGGAUGGAUGAGUACGUACCGACGUUGAAGAAUACGUUUUUGGCUCUGCCGCCCUGCACGCCGAACCUAGUGCCCGGCUGCAGCUGACGAUUGCCGUCACUCCCACUGCCACUGCUACCGCUGCCAACACCGCCAUCAUCACCUGACAUACACACCAUACACAGAAAGCAUUUCGUCCAUCCACCCACCGCCCCUCUCGGCCUGUCUGUCUGUCUGUCUGGUGUGUUGGAUUUGAUCUGCGCACCUGUGAGUUUGUUGGCGUCUAUGUCAAGGCUGGUGUGUCUUAUGAGUUUGUUGGCCUCCUCCGUCUUGCCCUCGUUGUAUGCGGGGCCCUUGAAGACCGCCAAUGGGGUGGUACGGGACACGUCACCCUUGUCGUACAGAUUCGCACCCUCCUGUAUGUGUGUGUGUGCAACAAGCCGAGUACUACAACAGCGCUCUCUGCGUGUGUGUGUACGAGUUAGUCGGGUGCUUACGGGUAUCAUGGUCAUGGUGUCGCCGUUGGCGAAGGCGAUCUCGACGAUGUGUUUGUCGGUGUUGCGUGUGACCUCGUUGAUCUUGUAGAACUUCUCUAGAGAUCAACACGGUCACAAGUUGAUCUUGUAGAACUUCACUUGUUCGUACUCGAUCUUGUACCUAUGUGCUCGCCGCUCGACUUGAACUCGAGGUAGAGGGCCUCCACCUUGUAGAGGUCCGCCAGGUCCACCUCGAGCAUCUCAAACAUACCCAGGCUGUCCAACGUCUCCUUGGCCGACACAUCCACGGCACGACCUGCACACACAACACACACAGACACAGACACAGACACACACAGACACAGAGCAUGUGUAUGUGUAAUUUGCCCGGGCCCUCUCUCUUUUUUCUCGCUGGUAUCGGCUUGUGUGAUGCGCCGACCAUCGAUGGUGGCGACUUCGAUGAGGCGGCCAUCCUUGUCGGGCCUGAAGUCUUUUGAGAUCUCGUUGGCGCCCAGACAGACGCCCAAGAAGAUGGCCAGCGUCGCAAGAUACAGCAGCGCGAUGCCCGCCAGUAUCACCGACAAAUGGCGGGACCGACGCUGCUCCUGCUGCAACGCACGAGCCGCACGCGCCACGUCCUCGAUGCUGAACUUGCCUGGUUGGUACACAUACACAUAACAAGCCAGAGAGCAGAAAUCGUCUCUCUGUCGCUCUCUCACCAUCACACCCCUCCCUCCCCUGCUCACCAUCGCCAUCUGAGUCCCAUGACUUGAGCACACGCACGAGCAGGUCCGAGUCGCCGCCCCGCCCCCCGCCCGUGAUGGUCACAGCAGCCCGCCGGAAGUUCUCUGUCCGGUUGGUGGGGAUACCGCUGCUGCCAUUGGGGCUGAAACCGUCCACACCACCACCACCGCCGCCGCCGAACCGCAGAUGGUGUGUGGCAGGGGGAAGGGCCAGCUUGGGCACGGGUGUGUUGGUGUUGGUAUUGGUGCCGAGCUUGGAUGGCGGGGCGGACGAGGACGACAUACUCGACGGCGAUGUCUGCUCGCCGAAGUGGGGCGUCGGCUGCUGUGUGGCUGUGGCUGUGAGGGAGAAGAGCUUGGGAAUGGGGAAGCCGAAGCUGCGAACGGCUUCACUCAUUAUUUCGUACCCACUAUUCGUGGAUGGACGGAAGGCCACCACCACAGGCGAUCUGGCUAUCCAAUAGCUACAGUAAUGCUCU